AUGAUCAAGCAGCUGUUCCAGCACGAGCAGCCCAAAGAUGUCAGGAUGAUGCCGCCAAUGGGAGAUGACUGGGAUGCGCACACCGGCGCCUGCCUGCAGACGCUGGAGGGCCAUGACGGUUAUGUAUGCUCAGUGGUAUUCUCCCACGACAGCAGCCACGUCGCGUCCGGGUCUUUGGACAAGACGAUUAAGAUCUGGGAUGCGCAUACCGGCGCCUGCUUACAGACGCUGGAGGGUCAUGAUGACAGGGUCACCUCAGUGGUGUUCUCUCCUGACAGCAGCCGCGUUACGUCCGGGUCGUAUGACAAGACGAUCAAGAUCUAG